AUGGGACCAUUCGCCACCGCCAAUUGGCCACUGAGGACUAUUCGCCAGUUCGCCACCGCGCCAUUUUUGGUUUUUGGAACAGGAAUGUUUAGUAUGGAAACAGAUAUUAUUAGCAAACGUGGAAAUAAGAAGUUUUACCAUGAUGGUUUUAUAUAUAUUUUUGAGAAACUAUCCAAGAAUGAUUCAAGUAUUAAGUUUUGGCGAUGUGAACAAAGGGGCCGAUGUAAUGGACGGAUCCACACCAAGAGUGGCACUGUGAUAAAAACCAUUAAUGGACACACACAUUCUCCUUCCGCAGCAAGUGUCCAAGUUGCGAAAGUGAAAACAUGUUUAAAACGUCGUGCAGAAGAACCGCAGGAAGUAGUGAUCCUGGCAUCUUUACCGAUGACAAGCAGCAUGAAGGAAAUAAUUCGACGAAAAAGGAAUGAUAUUAGCUUAGCGCCACCAAACCCUACUGAUCUUCAGCAUUUGGUGAUUCCAAUUAGAUACAAAGUAUAUAAGCCGGAUAAUGGAGCAGAAGAAAAAUUUCUUUUGGCAGAUAGUGGUCAGGGAAGUUUGGUCAUCCUGGAUCCUGAGGAGGUCACAUACAUCGAGAGCCAAGUGAAAGGGGUCAUAGGUCGGUCUGUGGUACUGGAAUGUGGCCAGUCUGUGCCCACCAUUUACAUCUGGGGCUUUACCCGGCCUGGCUUCAGUGACAUUCGGGCAGUCCUGUACAAUUAUGGGAUGGGUGCAAAGCUGCAGAAAAUGGCUUCCAUGUUUGGAGAUGUGAAAGUCCUCUCUGACGGUGCGGCCCUAGUGAUAGACAACCUACAGCUCGCAGCUGAGGGACGAUUCACGUGUCAAAGUUUGUACGAUACCAACGAUGGGGCAAAACUCGUUUACAUCUUUGUGGAUUUACACGUCCUGGUUCCGAUUACCAAGCCAUCCAUUCAGAUGAGCGUCUCUGCUCCGGUUGAAGGGUCUGCGAUUUCACUACUGUGUUCUGUGGAGAAUGGAACUAGACCACUGGAGUACAUUUGGAACAGGCAGGCAGCUUUGUCCACAGGUCCCAUCAAUGUCUCUGAGACCACAGAUAGUCUGCUGAACCUGACCUCAGUAAACAGGAACCACACAGGCUGGUAUACCUGCACAGCCAAGAACGAGGUCAAUGAAGUGACCAGUGAUCGGGUUUGGCUCGAUGUCAUCUAUGGUCCUGAUCAGCCAGCCAUCAAUAUCACUCCUUAUGCUCUCAACUCUGUCGGUUAUGCAGCAAUUGAACAGGACACUAUCUCCAUGACCUGCUCAGCAUCUUCCAAUCCACCCAGCCAAUACAUCUGGUUCCAUAAUAACUCACAGAUCUACACAGGACAGCAGUUUGUCAUUGAGAGAAUUGCUCGGAGUCAGACAGGAAGCUACAUGUGCCUCGCAUACAACACGGUGCUCAACGCCAGGACUAAGACUACCAUCAUACUCACUGUCUACUAUCUACCUGACGGGAAGCCCAUCUGCACUGUGCUAUCUGUUAAUGAUAAUCAGGAUAUAGCUCUGUGGUGCUCAUGGGAAGGUGGGAACCCUCCAGCAACUCUGCAGUGGGUUGACACACAAAGAGAUGGCGUUGAUGUCGAGGGUCUAUCCAGUAUUUCAAGAGUAAAGGCGGGAUGGGAGACCUCCAACAACAGCACGUACUCCUGCCGAGCCUCUCACCCAGCCCUGAGAGCAGACUGGUCCUGCCGAACCACUGCACUGUUGCCUGAAGGGGGACCUAGUUGUUCCGCUACUGCAGUGAAGAGUUUGGAAUACACCAUGCUGUCGUGUAAUUGGGAAGGAGGCCUACCUCAGGCCUCACUGCGUUGGGCAAAUUGGAGAGGCAACUUCCUGGGUAAAGCUGAACGGUCUAUCAACAAUCAGGUGCUACAGUCUAGUCCAACGUACAGUGGCAAGGAGUUUAUAUGUCAAGCAACACAUCCUUUAAGCAGGAGCAGGGCAUGCAGCAUCCAACUGGAGGCACCAGAUCUUCUUACCCCGAGAAACAGUGUGACAGUGUUUGAGGGAAGUGAUGUCUAUGUGACCUGUAUCCUUAAGGCUGCAUAUCCAACUUCGGAGAUUGUCUGGCACAAUAAUAGGAACGAAAGUGUCUGGCUCAGGCCCAAAAAGUACCUGCUGCACCAGGAGAACUCUUGGUCGAAUCUCACCAUUCGGGAAGCUGAUGGAGACCAUGACAAUGGAACCUACUGGUGCACAGCAAGCAAUGUCGUGGGGAGUUCAAGACUCAGCAUCCAGCUCCUUGUGAACAAGUAUCCAACGCCCCCGAACGUGACCAUCAGCAAGCUCUUGUACGGCCGCCAGAGAACGGAGGUGGUUCUCGAAUGGAUGACUCAGGGCUCUGGUGACUUAACAGGCUUCAUGAUACAGAGGAGGCCUGCGAGACGAUCCUUUAGGGUCCGGGGUACAACUGAGCUGGAACAAUCCAAGACCGACCCAUACACCCCCUGGCAGAUUGUCGCCAGUUCCAUCGAUCCCGCCAUCAGAGGUCACAAGCUGGGGGGCAUGGACCCCAGGGUCUUAUAUGCUUUCCGAAUUCUUGCUGUCAAUCACAAGACAACAGGGUAUCCUUCAGAAGUAAAAACUCCAGCGGACCCCCCUUUUAGUGCCCUGCCAGCUGUGAUUGGUGCUGCGGUAGCAGGAAUGCUGAUAGCUGUUGUAGGAACUGUCUUGAUGAUUCAGUACAUUAUAAGGAACCGUGAAAGCAUUCCAUGGCUGCACGAUCUGCUAUUUCAGCGACCGACCAAUGAAUUGCAGGAGCAGAUUAAUUUUCCGGAGGAUGCUGAUGUUACUUCCCCAGCUGAGGGUGAAGACAUUGUGGAAAACAGAGAACAGACAGAAGCUGCCUUCCCUCUUGCAGAAACCAGCCCAGAUGCUUCAGCUGAGGAGACUCUCACCACUACGGCCACCACCGAAUCAUCAAUCAAUGUGAACAUCAGCCUGUUGGUGACACUGCGCCCAAGAGUGAACAUCAGCCUGUUGCUGAAACUGCCCCCGAGUGUGAACACCAGGCUGUUGGUAACAUUGCCCCCUAGCGUGAACAUUAGCCUGUUGGUGACACUGUUCCCAAGUGUGAACAUCAGCCUGUUGGUGACACUGCCCCCGAGUGUGAACACCAGGCUGUUGGUGACACAGCACACUAGUGUGAACAUCAGCCUGUUGGUGAUACUGCCCCCGAGUGUGAACAUCAGCCUGUUAGUGACUCUGCCCCCCAGUGUGAACAUCAGGCUGUUGGUAACUCUGCACCCUAGUGUGAACAACAGCCUGUUGUAUGAACAUCUGGCUGUUGGUGACUGUGCCCCCGCGAGUGUGAACAUCAGGCUGUUGAGUGACAUUGCCCCAGAGUGUGAACAUCAGGCUGUUGGUGACACUGCCCGCGAGUGUGAACAUCAGGCUGUUGAGUGA